AUGUCGGCAAAGCUUAUGCAUGCGGUUCAGUACAAAAGCUAUGGUGGAGGACCUUCUGGUUUAAAGCAUGUUGAGAUUCCAAUCCCCUCUCUGAAGAAAGAUGAAGUUUUGCUGAAAACAGAAGCAGCUAGUCUGAAUCCAAGUGAUUUUAAAAUUCAGAAAGGCCUGGUGCGCCCUUUUAUCCCACGCAAAUUGCCUCACACACCUGUCCACGAACAUGUUAGCAAACCAUCGUCCUCUUAUGCUGCCCCAAUCAGUGUUACCGACGUAGCCGGAGAGAUAGUAGAGGUUGGACAAGGAGUCAAGAAGUUCAAAGUGGGAGACAAAGUUGUGGCAUUACUGAGCUUUGGUAAUGGAGGUGGACUGGCUGAGUUUGCUGUAGCUAAAGAGAAACUAGUAGUUGCUAGGCCUCCUGAAGUUUCGGCAGCUGAAGGUGCAGGCUUACCUAUGGCUGGUCUCACAGCUCACCAGGCUCUCACCAAGGAUGCAAUGAUCAAGCUUGAUGGAACUGGCCAGCUAAAGAACAUACUGAUUACUGGUGCCGCCGGUGGUGUCGGUCUCUAUGCAGUCCAACUAGCAAAGCUUGGAAACACUCAUGUUACAGCCACCUGUGGAGCUCGGAACAUUGAAUUGGUGAAGAGCUUAGGGGCAGAUGAGGUUCUUGACUACAAAACACCUGAAGGGGCAUCCCUGAAGAGCCCGUCAGGUCGAAAAUAUGAUGUUGUGAUCCACAGUGCAUCAUCAGCCAUUCCUUGGUCAGUCUUCGAGGCAAAUUUGAGUGCAAGAGGGAAGGUAAUAGACCUUACUAUUGGUGCAAGUAAUCUGUUUACUUUUGUUCUGAAGAAAUUCACUUUCUCCAAGAAGAAGCUGGUGCUACUGGCUAUAAGUGCCAAGGCUGAGAACUUGGAUUGUCUUGUUAAGUUGGCCAAGGAAGGAAAACUCAAGACAGUAAUUGACUCAAACUACCCUCUGAGCAAGGCUGAAGAUGCUUGGGCUAAAAGAAUCAAUACCCAAUGCACUGGGAAGAUCAUUGUGGAGCCUUGA